AUGGAGACUACAUAUUAUCGUGAUGUGUUAAACGAGCUGGGAGAGGGUGUAGUCCGUACUUCAGUCAUUCACACAGCACCUGGCUGUACGAGUGUUCUUGACUCAGGUAGUGACGACGAGACAGAGAAGGUGAAAAUCACAUCGAGAAGUUCCGCGGAAGAGCAAUGGUUGCCCUUUGGCGAGAGUUGGCGGAAUGAACAGCUUCGUUUAUCACUCGAACGAGGAAGCAGCAAUUUGCUUGUAAGUUAG